GUGUGUGUGUGUGUGUGUGUGGCACUACUGUUUCAAGGCUCUGUCAGCUCUCUUAUACAAAACUGAACUCAGCCUCGUCAUCAACCACGCAGCGUCAUGUCGUUCACAUCGAUUCCCAUCCUCGACCUGGAGCUGUCCAGGGAUCCGGCCACCAAGCCUGAAUUCCUCAAUCAGCUUCGCAAUGCGCUCAUGGAGGUGGGCUUUUUAUAUCUCAAGAAUGUAGGCAUCUCAGAUGAGCUAUGGGACGAAGUCAUCAAAGAGGGCAAAAGCUUCUUUGACAUUCCCCGAGAAGAAAAGCUCAAGAUUGAAAUGAAGAAUGCGCCAUCCUUCCUGGGCUACUCCCAGCUCUCGGCAGAAAUCACAGCCGGCGCCGUGGACAACAGAGAGCAGAUUGAUCUCUCAACCGAACACGUCCUCCCAGGCCCAGGCGCGCCGGCAUUCUACAACCUCCUCGGCCCCAACCAGUGGCCCUCGGAGGAGAGCGCGCCCAAGUUCCGCAGCACUUACACCGAGUACAUGCGCCAGAUGGGCGAAAUCACAAUGUACUUCACCUCGCUGAUUGCCGAGGCCAUCAGGCUGCCGCGGGACGCCUUUGAGAAGUACGUCGAGGCCGAUCCGCAGCACAAGCUCAAGAUCAUCAAGUACCCGGACCUGGCCGAGCUGGGGCUGCCGGCGGGCGUGCAGGGCCAGGGCGUCGGGCCGCACAAGGACAGCAUGCUGACGAGCUACCUGCUCCAAGCGACGAACCACCGCGGGCUGCAGGUGCAAAACGUCCAGGGCGAAUGGAUCGACGCCGCGCCCAUCGACAGGACGCUCGUGGUGGCCAUUGGGCAGGGCAUGGAGGCGCUGACGCAGGGCGUGUGCGUGUCGACAACGCACCGCGUGCUGUCGCCCGAGUCCGGCACCGGCGCGCGCUUCAGCAUCCCCUUUUUCCAGGGCAUCAAGCUGGACGCCACCUUUGAGGAGCUCGAGCAGGUCGGCGUCGGCAGGGUGCCCGACGACAUUCGGCGGCAGAGGCAGGCGAUUGUGGACAGGACCGGCGGGCGCGUCGACGACGUCGAGUUUACGUUCCGCAGCGGCGCCGGCGACGCUGCGCAACAGGGUCAAGAGCCACCCGGAUGUGGGGGAGCG